GCGCGAGGGUCUGCGUUGCAUAGCAAGCCGCUCUUCCUCCAGAAUAAUGGCUCGUGGCAACGUAGUGGCUCUUCUCGUGGUGGCAGCCUGUCUCGUGGCAGCUGUGACGACCAGCGCCUCCAACCGGUACAACCAAUUCGGAUUCGGCCAUGGAAUCGGACAAGGCUUCGGAAAUUACGGACAAGUCUAUCCCGGCAACUAUAACCCUGCUUUCUUCCCCAACCUCGUGAGCGGCUACAACUUCUACAACUACCAGCCUGCAAGCAAUUACCAAGGUUGUACUUACUGGUGCAGAAGCCUACACCCCUCACGUUUUUAUUACUGCUGCACCACCGGGUACGAGGGAUAGAGAGAACGAGGCAGAAGUAUGAGACCGGUGUAUUUCCCUUGUUGGCUCUGAGAAGUUGGGGAGGACACGUAAAUGUCGCCCGUUGGAGAUAAUGAAUAAAGAGUGAAAAUUAUU